UCUCUUCAAAAAAAAAAAAAGUCUUGUACUCUUUUUUUUUUUUUUUUUUUUUUUUUUUUGGAGAAUCAAGUCUUGUACUUGAUUUCUCAAUUUGAGAUCUGAAUUCAAAGCUAUAGAGCCAUGACGGGGGAAAAGAAAACAACAAUUAUGUGGAUCAAGGUCGACCUUCAAUGCCAUCGCUGCCGCAAGAAGAUCAAGGAAGUGCUCUGUAAAUUCCCUCAAAUACAAGACCAGGUGUACGACGAGAAGGGAAACUAUGUGGUAAUAAAAGUGGUAUGUUGCUGUCCUGAAAAGGUAAAGCAAAAGAUAAUUUGCAAGGGUGGUGAUACCAUUAAGAGCAUCGAGAUUAGAGAGAUUGAGAAGACGACCAAGCCAGCUGAGAAAGAGAAGCCACCAGAAAAAGAGAAGCCACCUGAGAAGGAGAAGAAUCCACCACAAAAGAAAGACCCUGAACCGGUUUCAAAGCUUACUCUUGGACCGGUUUGUGUGCCUGUACGGCCGUGUGGAUGUGGGACUUGUUGUCCGAAAUGCUGUGGGCGUCGUGGUGGGGGGCCAUGCCUUUGUGGUCAUGGUACUAAGCGAUGGCCUCAUGCUAAACCGGUUCCUGUACCUGCAGUGCCGGCUUGCCCGGUUGGGUUUGGGACGUGUUGUACGGAAUGCUAUGAGGGUCGUGAUGGAGGGCCAUGCCAUUAUGGUCAUGGUAGGCCACCCCCAUGUUAUGAUGGCUGCUAUUAUGGAAGGCCCGUUUAUGAUAGUUAUGGUGGCGGGUAUAGAUGUGAAGAAACUUCCUCUGGAUGCACCAUCAUGUAGUUUUUAGAGUUUGCAAGCACGCAUGAUGGUAAUGGUAAUCAUGUUCUAGUUGCCUACUUGCAGGAAAAUAAAUAAUGUUCUAGUUGCCUUUGUUAUCACAUGGUCCGGCUGGUUUUUUUUUUAAUUGUCUGUCUGGGUUAAAAGAAGAAGAUUAAUCAGGAUGUGUAUAUAUGGGUUGUUUAAUAAAUGUGGUUGAGGCCAAAUGGAUGUUCAUUUUAGUGUUACUCUACUUGAGUUGUAAUGAUUUUUUAAAUAUUAAAAUACUUCUAUCAAUCAUUCCCUA